GGCAGCCCAGGCGGUGGGCACUGUGCGAUGGCUGGGGCGGAGGGACUCAUGGACGAAGUAAGCUGGAAGGUCUUGGAGCGACGAGCCCGGGCCAAGCGCUCAGUGGUAACAGUGGUGUAGUUUAGCUGCAACGCUUAUGAUAAGAGUCCAGCUGAAAUGGCCCACUCACCCGAUGCAGCCUUCUCUUCACCUGCUUUGUUAAGGUCUGGUUCAGUUUAUGAACCUCUUAAAAGCAUUAAUCUUCCAAGACCUGAUAAUGAAACCCUUUGGGAUAAAUUGGAUCAUUAUUACAGAAUUGUCAAAUCAACAAUGCUGAUGUAUCAAAGUCCGACUACAGGGCUUUUUCCUACUAAAACAUGUGGUGGAGAUCAGAAGUCCAAAGUCCACGAGAGCCUGUACUGUGCUGCAGGCGCCUGGGCUCUGGCACUAGCAUACAGGCGCAUUGAUGAUGACAAGGGAAGGACCCAUGAGCUGGAGCACUCUGCUAUAAAAUGUAUGAGAGGAAUUCUCUACUGCUAUAUGCGUCAGGCUGAUAAGGUCCAGCAGUUUAAGCAAGACCCACGGCCCACAACGUGUCUCCACUCCAUUUUCAGUGUGCACACAGGAGACGAGUUACUCACCUACGAAGAAUAUGGCCAUCUUCAGAUAAAUGCGGUGUCGCUGUUUCUCCUGUACCUGGUGGAAAUGAUUUCUUCAGGGCUGCAGAUAAUCUAUAACACAGACGAGGUCUCUUUUAUUCAAAACCUUGUGUUUUGUGUAGAACGAGUUUACCGUGUUCCUGACUUUGGUGUCUGGGAAAGAGGAAGCAAAUACAACAACGGCGGCACAGAACUGCACUCGAGCUCUGUUGGUUUAGCAAAAGCAGCCUUAGAAGCAAUUAAUGGAUUUAACCUCUUUGGAAACCAGGGCUGUUCUUGGUCAGUGAUAUUUGUGGAUCUCGACGCUCACAAUCGCAACAGGCAGACACUGUGCUCCCUGUUACCCAGAGAAUCACGCUCUCAUAACACAGACGCUGCCCUGCUCCCAUGCAUCAGUUACCCUGCGUUUGCCUUGGAUGAUGAAGUUCUGUUCAGCCAGACACUUGAUAAAGUGAUCAGAAAAUUAAAAGGGAAAUAUGGAUUUAAGCGUUUCUUGAGAGACGGGUACAGAACAUCACUGGAAGAUCCCAACAGACGCUAUUACAAACCAGCUGAAAUUAAGCUCUUCGAUGGUAUUGAAUGUGAAUUUCCCAUAUUUUUUCUUUACAUGAUGAUUGAUGGUGUUUUUAGAGGUAAUCUUCAGCAAGUCAAGGAAUAUCAGGACCUUUUGACUCCUUUGCUUCAUCAGACCACAGAAGGAUAUCCUGUAGUACCAAAGUACUAUUAUGUGCCUGCUGACUUUGUAGAAUAUGAAAAGAGAAACCCUGGUAGUCAGAAACGGUUUCCUAGUAAUUGUGGCCGUGAUGGGAAAUUGUUUCUUUGGGGACAAGCUCUUUAUGUCAUUGCGAAACUCCUAGUUGAUGAGUUAAUCAGUCCUAAAGACAUCGACCCUGUCCAGCGCUUUGUCCCGCUCCAGAAUCAGCGUAAUGUGAGCAUGAGAUACUCCAAUCAGGGUCCACUGGAAAAUGACUUGGUGGUUCAUGUCGCACUUGUAGCAGAAAGCCAGCGCCUUCAAGUUUUCCUCAAUACAUAUGGUAUUCAAACUCAAACUCCUCAGCAGGUGGAACCUAUUCAGAUCUGGCCUCAGCAAGAGCUGGUAAAAGCUUAUUUCCAUCUGGGUAUCAAUGAAAAGCUAGGACUGUCCGGAAGACCAGAUAGGCCCAUUGGCUGCCUUGGCACAUCAAAGAUUUAUCGCAUCCUUGGCAAGACCGUGGUCUGCUAUCCCAUCAUCUUCGACCUGAGCGAUUUCUACAUGUCCCAGGACGUUCUCCUGCUGAUAGAUGACAUAAAGAAUGCACUACAGUUCAUUAAGCAAUACUGGAAAAUGCACGGACGCCCACUUUUCCUUCUUCUCAUCCGGGAAGACAACAUAAGAGGUAGCAGGUUCAACCCCAUAUUAGACAUGCUGGCAGCCUUUAAAAAGGGAGUAAUUGGAGGAGUCAAAGUUCAUGUUGAUCGUCUACAGACAUUGAUAUCUGGAGCUGUAGUAGAACAGCUUGACUUUCUACGCAUUAGUGACACAGAAAAACUUCCAGAAUUUAAGAGCUUUGAAGAACUUGAAUUUCCCAAGCAUUCAAAAGUCAAACGACAGAGCAGUACCGUAGAUACUCCUGAGCUGAGACAGGAACCGGACAUCACCAUUACCGAGUGGAGAAACAAAUCCACCCAUGAAAUCCUCCAGAAGCUGAAUGACUGCAGCUGUCUGGCCGGUCAAACCAUCCUGCUGGGUAUACUGCUGAAAAGAGAAGGCCCUAACUUCAUCACCAUGGAAGGUACUGUGUCUGAUCACAUUGAGAGAGUGUAUAGAAGAGCUGGCAGCAAAAAGCUUUGGCUGGCUGUGCGAUACGGGGCUGCAUUUACCCAGAAAUUUUCCUCCUCUAUAGCCCCUCACAUUACCACCUUUCUGGUGCAUGGGAAACAGGUAACUUUGGGUGCCUUUGGACAUGAAGAGGAGGUCAUCUCUAAUCCACUGUCUCCAAGAGUGAUUAAGAACAUUAUCUAUUAUAAGUGUAAUACCCAUGAUGAACGGGAGGCAGUCAUUCAGCAAGAACUGGUCAUCCAUAUUGGCUGGAUCAUCUCCAAUAGCCCCGAGUUGUUCAGUGGCAUGCUGAAAAUACGAAUUGGGUGGAUCAUCCAUGCCAUGGAGUAUGAACUACAGAUCCGCGGUGGAGAUGAGCCAGCCGUGGACUUGUAUCAGCUCUCGCCCAGUGAGGUUAAACAGCUACUCCUAGACAUUCUCCAGCCUCAGCAGAGUGGAAGAUGCUGGCUGGAUAGACGUCAGAUCGAUGGGUCAUUGAACAGAACUCCCCCAGGGUUCUACGACCGAGUAUGGCAGAUCCUGGAACGUACACCUAAUGGCAUAGUUGUAGCCGGGAAGCAUUUGCCACAGCAACCAACCUUGUCGGAUAUGACUAUGUAUGAGAUGAAUUUUUCUCUCCUCGUUGAAGACAUAUUGGGAAACAUUGACCAGCCAAAGUACAGACAGAUCAUUGUAGAGUUACUAAUGGUCGUGUCCAUUGUGCUGGAAAGAAACCCUGAACUAGAAUUUCAAGACAAAGUGGAUCUCGACAGACUGGUCAAAGAAGCAUUUCAUGAGUUCCAAAAGGACGAGAGUCGGCUCAAAGGAACGGAAAAACAAGAUGAUAUGACCUCCUUCUACAACACGCCCCCACUGGGAAAACGAGGAACCUGCAGCUAUCUGAUGAAGGUUGUGAUGAGCUUGCUGCUGGAAGGGGAAGUCAAGCCAAGCAAUGGGGACUCUUGUCUGGUUAGCUAGAGGGGGUGCAGAAAGCGGAGGUGAUGGCUGUGCCUUUUGUGUUGAAGCUAACUAGCCCAGGCAGCCAGUAAUGGGCGAACUGAUGUGUUAGCGAGGUAGAUGCUGUAUUCUGUUUGCUGGCAUUAGGCCUUUGCAUGCCAGCGGCAGUUGAAUGGUAGGCAGUGAUUGGAAUCAAGUGAAACCCCAGUUUUCGCCAUUUGUGCCAGCUUCACUGAACCAUAGAAAUAGUUUGUGAAUUGAAAAUUCAGUACUGCAUGUUUUGUGAUCAAAUAUUCCAUCAAAACUCUGCUUCUUUAGUCUGAAUUCUCACCUUCCAGCCAUUAAAACAAACUGGGCAGCUGAUGAGGCCGUACUGGGACUUAGGAGGUAGUGUGAGGACGGUGAAGGUGUACCGCUGUUGCACUAAAAACAGAAGAUGUGCAGCGCACAUCAAAAAAGGCAAAGUGAACGCUGAUAUUUAACUUCAGAAGCUGCAUUAUUAAUAACUCUUCAAAACUCUUAGUUUUUACCUUGUAAACAUGACUGCGGUUUGGUAUUGUGCUAAGUAUGAGAGUUGGAUAAGAUACAAUGUAUCAAACAGUUUCGGAGCACCUGUUAAAAACAGAAGUGUUCAGCAGUGUGUCAGCUGCCCUCACAUGCACAUGCCACAUGCAGGCAUAUAUACCUACACAUAAUUGCAAAUAAUAAAUAAACAUAAAAAUGUUUAAAUAGUUAAGUUUAGGACUGUUAACCUUGUAAAAGCAAAGUUGAAAGUCAAAAAAGUUCUGUUUUUGAACUAACAAAUGUAUCUGGAAACAUUCUUUGCUCAAGUUCAUAACACUGAACUUAACAGUCCUGAAUGUUUUCAUUUAAUUCAUUUGGAAAGUGGAAUUUGCUGCCAAAUUUACUUAUGCAAGUAGAUUAAGUGUUUAAAUCUUAUUAAACUAUUUCCUUCCUAGAUGUCACAAUGUGGCCCACUUGCUUGGGAUUGGGCUCCAAUCCCAGCAAGCAUUGUUUUUUCCUGACCAGUCCUCCCGAGUUUCAUCUAGGUAAUCAGAUUUGUCAUAUAGGAUAUGUAGCCUAAUGCAAGUCAACUGAUACCAAGUAAAUGUGUGUGUAGACUGAAGAAGCAGUCCCACACAGCUCUGACCAGGUCAAAGUAUGGCUGGCUCAUAGAACAUGUAUAGGACUCUGUGUGUGUGUCAGUCAGCAAGCCUGGGAAUAAUGGCUCAAUCCAGCCUUGCAAAUUAGACAGUGUGUGAAGAGAAGUUAUUAAAAGAUGGUCCUGAGGAAGCCACUCACAAAACUUAAGCCAGAAAAAGAGUCAUGAAGCCCAUAGAGGAGAAAAAGUUCCAGUGGUAGAUGGAUAGAGAAGAGAAAUUAAAGAAUGACAGAGAGGAAAGCCCUUGAAAUAUUUAAGACUUGUUAAAAUUCAGAAGAAAGUAAACACUUGUAUCCUUAAGAAUUAAUUUUUUUGAUUAGCUGAGCAAAGCUGCGAGGAACUGCUGUCUGGUGGAAACAGACACCACUAGCAGAUCUGCUUUCUGAGUGAGCUCCAGCUUCCUGUCCCAUGUUCGAGGUUUUGGCGCUUUCUUCUGCUGCUUGAAAGUGCUCAAAAUCAGCGACUGUGCAUCAACUUCUUAAAUUAUGAAAUCCAAAAUUUAUUGUUCUGGAAGAUAUUUUGGGAUGAUCAAUAAAUCUUGAUGUUCAUCUAUCAGAAACAAUGUCUGCUUUCUAAUUAGUAAAGCAAAAUAGUCCUGAGACUCAGAACACAGAAUUCAUGAAAUUUAGAAGUCCCAUUUGAUCUGCAGAGCCCACAUGUUUUAACAGCUGCACUCGAGGCUGACUGAAAUAUUAGCACAUGUAUUGGGGUAUGACAAGCCUUAAACCUGAUUUAAAGCUGCUCUGUCACACUGGCAGAGUCUCGGUGCUAAGUUUAUUGUACAAUCAGCCUCUGCUGGAAACUCCUGCCUGCAUAUCAAAUUCAACUGCAUUUCCAGAGCAUUGUUAGAAGCAAGAUGUUUUCCAGACUUCCUUCCAUUUUAUUUAAGGCUUAAAAAGAGACAUGUCAGCCUUUAAAAAUCAAAAUAUGAGAUCAUCUUGAUGUCAUCUUCCAUAAGCUUCCAAUAUUUUAUGGGUAUCAUUAAACAUUUGUUGAAUAUCUGAA